GAUGAAGUUAAAGUUACGGCAGCGGCACCGGCGGUUAUGGACGUGCAAGGAGCCUUGAAGGCUGUCCUCCGUUCUGCCAGCUUUGCCGAUGGACUGGCAAAGGGUCUCCAUGAGGCUGCUAAAGCCUUGGACAACAAAAAUUGGAUUUGUUAUGCUUUACUUCACUGGUUACCUGUUGUCUGCUGCUAG